AUGAGAUCUAAGACUGUAGAGCAAGAUAACGAUGCUCAGGACCCAGCUCCGCCGUGCAACACCUCAUCACCGGCCCAGCCGGCGGCAUCCACUGAGCCAGGCACGAUGCAUGUCGACUCACAAGGGACCACGUAUUUUGCUAGUCCGCACUGGGAAACCUUGAUGAACGAGAUUUCUGAUCUAAAAAACGACUUCAGAAAAGAUUACGAAGGAGAAUAUUUGGUUGAAAUUACGGACGUGUCGUCUAGAGCCAUGAGCACCACUCCACUCCUACUGUACGGAUCCAUGCAGCCAGUAUCGAAGGAGGCAUUGAUUUCGGCUUUGCCGGAUCGGGACAUAGCAGAUCGUCUCAUCUUUCAAUACUUCAGCGAAAUCUCUAUUCUGCCGGACCUAUUCUCCCUGGGACCCGAACAUAGACAGUCUCACCCACGGCAGACGUACCUGCAACAAUUGGUUCGAUGCCUUGUUGCUGCGGACUACAUUCGUGGAGGACCGUACAUCCUGGAAUGCCUCAUUCAUUACUUCCUGGUGGAGUUCUACCUCAACCCCGUCACUGAGGUUGGCAAUUGGAUGGUGGCCGGCAUCAUAGCUCAGCUCGCAUUCCGCAUGGGAUACCACCGGGAUCCAUCACACUUCCCGCACAUCAGCCCUUUUGAAGGCGAGAUUCGUCGCAGAGCUUGGGCUACCGUACACAUUCUCGACAGCACCAUGGCCAUGCUCGUCGGCGCGCCGCGGAUCAUCUCAGAUGGCACGUGGAACACGCGACCACCUGGUAACAUUCCCGACGCUGACCUCGACCAUGGCUGCGCCCAAUUGGCAGUGCCUCGCGCAGACAACGAGAUGACUGAAGUCUCGUUCCUACUCGCGAGAUACAAAAUGAGCCUUGCCACGGGGAGGCUAGUUGAUCUGAGCUUGACGAACAAGCUAGAAUCUUCAGAGGAUGUGCGAAAUGCUGAAAGUCGACUCGAGACAACAUGGGUGUCAAUGCCAGAAAGUUUCAAAUUCACCUCGCUAUCCCACUGUCUGUCAGAUAACUCGGCAACCGUGUAG